AUCGCUCGUGCCACUGGCCAUGAUCGCAAGACCAUCCGUAAAACCCUGAAAAGGGUUGAGGAGACAGGUACCCUUCAUCAUGACCUGCCCCGUCCUGGCCGACCACGCAUCCUCACUCCACGGGACAUCAAUCAUCUCAAGCUUGCUCUCGCCCGAGGUGAAGUCGCAAAUGCAACUGAUGCCCAGCGUCUGCUAGCUCCUCAAGCCAGCACCCAAACAGUGCGUAGAAACCUUUCUGAGGUUGGGCUCUGUGGACGAGUGUGA